CACAAUCAUUCAAAAAUACAACAAUCUAUUCAAAAAAGAUCCCAACCCAACUCCCAAACCUUCAAAAUGCAGUUCCCAACCAUCCUCCUCGCCCUCGCAACCACCGCCCUCGUCUCCGCUACGAACCUCGAAUGCAACGCCGCCCAACCCCAACUCACCGAACCACGCGUCGCAAACAUCGUUGACCAGCUCCGCGAUGCCGGCGAUGCCCUGAUUGCCGUCCAGCGCAACGGCCCUUGCCCGCGCAUCGCAUGCUACGGCGGCACCGGAGCCUUCAUCUGCAGCAACGACCACGAAGCCUUUCCGAGCCGACAGUUGGGCGACAUCAUCGAUUCAAAGUACAAGGAGUGCUAUGGACAUACGCCGCAGUCGUGGCAGGACGAUAAUGCUUUUAACCCUGCUUUUGAGUGGUUCGACGAUGGAUUCAGGGUUUUUGUUCACGGGAGUGAGAACUGUUAG